UAGCAAGCCUAGACACUCAGUAGAUUUCCUUACUUAUUUGUAAAAAGAUUCAUGAAACAGUCGCACUCAUAAAAGGCAACGGGUUUACUUUUUUUUUGCAGGACAGGGUGAUAUAAUUGAUCUAUAGUCGAGUGAAAUACCAGCAUAUUGGGGACAAAUUUGUUAGAAUGGGCAUGGUGACACUUUUCGGUCUCUGUUCCAGCAUGGGACUCUGGUCCAGAAUAUCUCCUGCACCUGCCAGAUCUGUCAUGGUAUUGUUUCUAGUGAAACAGUAUUUCCACUCACAGGCCAAAGGAUCUCUGCUGGAAAAAACCACUGCUGGAUGGAACAAGUAUAAACAAGAAUGCUUGAAAAUGCUGCGGGAAUCAACUGUAGAUACUGGAAUACAUUGUAAUGGGACAUUUGAUCAAUUUGUUUGCUGGCCUUACUCGCCCCCAGGAAAUGUCUCUGUUCCUUGUCCUUCAUAUUUGCCAUGGUUAGAAAACGGAAGCAUAGGAAGUGUAUACAGAGUCUGCUUGGAUGAAGGGACUUGGCAAACUAAGGAAAACUCCACAGACAUUUGGCGUGAUAGUUCAGAAUGUUCUGAGAGAAAUAAUUUCAAACAAAAUGAAGAAGAACAUAAAUUACUUACCACAUUACAGCUGCUCUACACUAUAGGAUAUUAUUUUUCUCUCAUCUCACUUGUAUUAGCUCUCCUUAUACUUUCUUUCCUCAGAAAACUUCACUGCACAAGAAACUAUAUCCAUAUGAAUUUAUUUGCAUCUUUCAUCUUGCGUGCCACAGCAGUUCUUAUAAAGGACACCGUAUACUACAAUAUUUACUCCAAAAGACCAAAUGAUGAAACUGGAUGGAUACUAUACCUCAGUCCUGAGAUUGUAAUCAUUUGCAGGACUGCCCAGUUUUUCAUGCAUUACUUUGUUGGGGCAAAUUAUUUUUGGCUAUUAGUAGAAGGAAUUUAUCUGCAUACAUUAUUGAUAACUGUUGUACUCUCUGAAAGACGACUGCUACAGACAUAUAUUGUGAUAGGAUGGGUUGUUCCUAUCCUCUUUGUUGGUCCUUGGGGAAUAAGCAGAUCAAAACUGGAGAACACAGGGUGCUGGGGAACAAAUGAACACAUGGGAAUCUGGUGGAUCAUCCGGGGACCAAUGCUGUUUUCUAUUGCAGUUAACUUUGCCAUCUUCUUAAAAAUUCUCAGGAUGCUGAUUUCCAAACUAAAAGCUCAGCAAAUGAGCUUUCAUGACUACAAAUACAGAUUGGCAAGAUCUACACUUGUGCUGAUUCCAUUGUUGGGGAUCCAUGAAUUUGUAUUUACCUUCAUCACUGAUGAACAGGUGGAAGGACUUUCAAGACAUAUAAGACUUUUCAUUCAGCUGACAAUGAGCUCAUUUCAUGGCUUUUUUGUAGCAGUUUUAUAUUGCUUUGCUAACGGAGAGGUGAAAGCAGAGCUCCAGAAGCAGUGGUCUCGCUUCCUGCUGGCAGAUCCUUUUGGCUGUAAACCCUGCUUUCUUGGGGAAAACAUAAAAUACCUCCGGAAGUGUUCACAGAAGCAGAACACCCAGCACCUCGGCAGCAAGCGCCACUCGUGCCGGGGAGCCGGUGAGCCCUGGGGCACGCAGCUCCAGCAGGUGCUGGUGCAGCAGACAGAGCUCAGCCCAGAGCAAGGCUGCCCUGUCCCAUCUCGCCCCUGGGCAAGCAUGUCAGACAGCAGCGAAGGGGAAGUCACCACUGGAGAGACGACUGAGGAAGUCUUUGAAGAAAGUGAGAUUUAGAAAGCUGGCUGCUA